UGGACCGUAAGUCCAAUGGGCCAUGUACCCCCAAUUAAACUAGCAUAAAGAAAAAAGGUAAAACUUACUACACAAAACAAUAAUAAACUUUGCAUUACCAUAACUUUUGCACUAUUUUAAGUUAAAUACACCUCUUGGAAAUUCUCUGCUCAGGAGGUUACUAAAACCCUACUGUCUUCCCCAUUUUCCAAAGCUUCAGCAUCAAAACAGGAUGGCUUCUUUCUUCAAGAACUCAAAACUAGCAAUCCCCAAAUCAUUCUUCUUCUCCACACAAGCGCAGAAACACAGCCCCCCAUUUCCUUCUUUCAAAGCGGCAAAAUCAGCCAUCAUAUCAGAAAAAAACCCUGAAAAGCUGGCGGAGAUUUUCCAACAGUGUUCCCAUCUGCCCACUUUCCUCCGCCACCGCCCCAUCUACCACCUCUCCAUCCGCAAGCUAGCUCGUGCCAACCGUCUCGACCUGGUCGACCGCCUUCUCCAAACCCAAAAGCUGCAUUCUGAAAAUGCCCCUGCCCUGAAGUCUGAAGGCUUUUGGAUUCGUCUCAUUAUGCUUUACUCAAAUGCAGGGAUGGUCCCUCAAGCACUCCAAACCCUCGAAGAUUUAUGUCAAAACAGGUAUUCUAAUGUAUCUGAAAAAUCCCUUUGUGCUAUUCUUACAGUUUAUCUGAACAAUGGCAUGUUUGAGCAAAUUCAUGAUUGCUUUAAGAGUAUUCCUGUGAAGCUUGGGGUUAAGCCUACUGUUGUAUCACAUAACUUGAUUCUGAAAGCGUUUGUGAAAGAAAAUAAGCUUGAACCUGCACGCGAAUGGGUUGAGAAAAUGGAUGUGAGUACUAAUAUUGAUACUUAUAAUAUAUUGUUAAGCGCUUAUUUGAAGAAUGGGGAUGAUAAUGGAUUUGAUGGGGUUAUGAAGGAGGUUUUGAAGAAAGGUUUAGAGGGCAAUUUGACUACUUAUAACCAUAGGAUUUCGAGGUUGUGUAAGAGUAAGGAAUGUGCUAGGGCUAAGAAGUUGUUGGAUGAGAUGGUUUCGAAAGGGGUGAAGCCGAAUUCAGCUAGUUAUAAUACUAUUAUAGAUGGGUUUUGUAGGAUAGGGGAUUUGGAAUCGGCUAGGAAGGUUUUGGACAAGAUGUUGAGUGAUGGAUUCGUUUUGCCUUGUUCAUUUACUUAUUAUACUUUGAUUAGGAGUAUGGUGAGGGAAGGAGAGUUUGAUUCAGCUUUGGAAAUGAGUAUGGAAAUUAUAAAGAGAAAGUGGGUUCCUCCAUUUGAGGCAAUGGAAGGUCUGGUUAAAGGGUUGGUUGAAAGGUCAAGAUCAGAGGAGGCAAAGCGAGUUGUGGAGAAGAUGAAAAAGAGGCUUAAAGGGGAUGCCCUAGAAUCAUGGGGGAAAAUUGAAGCUGCUCUUCCUCUAUAAACUAUAAAAGCCAUGCAAGGUCUGGUUAAAGGAUUGGUGGUGGAAAUGUCAAGUUCAGGAGAGGCAAAACAAGUUGUUGAGAAAUUGAUAAAUAGCUAGAAAGGAAUGUGUUAGUCUUGGAAAAUGGAAGCUGCUCUUCCUUAAUGGACUAUGGAGAUAAAUUCAAUUAUCACAAGAUAUGAUGAUUUCUUUAUGAUGAAAUGACUAUUAAACUUUCAAUUUAAACAUUUUAAAAUUUUUUUAUGUUGGAUAUAUCUUGUGAUAUUAUGUUUUGAGACAUUUUGGAAGAUGUUCUGAUUGUAGCUGUUUAUUUUCAUUAGCUAGUGAUGUGGCUGCAAUUUUGAUUGAACAUGGAUGAUUGUUAAGUAAGAAUACCGUUGGAAUCUUCUUAUGCUUAUUCCUGCUCUUGGUUUUUUUCGAUUUUUCUUCAUUUGGCACUUGAUCUUUGCCAGAAAUGUAUUCUUUCAGCUACACAGGAGGGUCUGAACAUUCUUCAAAAUUCUGCUCUGCAUUGCUCCCAGUAACUUUUAAUAUAAACUCUUAUUAAAUCCAUUUGUGAUUUCUUUUGCACAUAAACUUUUAUGUUUGAAAUAUCAUAUGAAAAUAUGAUGUUCAUUGAAUCAUUCAAAGUCUAGUUUAUCAAUCAAGGGUAUUUUAGUUAAAAACAGCUAAUCCUUGUCUUUUCAGAGUUUGAUUCAGCUAUCAAUUUUGGUCUUGAUUAAAUUAGUUGUAAUCAAACAGAUUUGAAAUCAAAACUAUUAAAGUGCGUUCAGUUUGGGGAAAUCCACACAUUUUUCUCUGGAAUCUUGAUGGUGUGUAUUUGACUUUCACUUUGUUUAAGGUAAUUUGAUUACAGGAGAAAAUGUCAAAUUCCUAACAAUACCUAAAGUUAUGGAAUAAAAAUUCACCUCUUUCUCUUAUAUUCUAGGAUUUUGAAGGAAAAAGUUGAUUUAUUUUUAAAUUUAACCUAAAUAAAAAAUGAUGAAAUAGUCAUUAUUCUUUUGAAAAACAUGUCUGGAAGUUAUUGAAACUUAAUUGUAGGUUUUUGUACAGAAAAAAAUAUUUUUUUUUAUAUU